UAUAAAUCCAUAUAUAAAUCGGAGAGCAGGGGCGAAAAGGCUCCAUAUUAUUUACACAUCCACGACGAUCAGUUACUACGAAUUCAAUUGAUAUAUAUGUUAUGGCGAAUAAAGGGGAGCAGCGGACUGACUUUCCAAUCGUAUGCGAAUCGUGCCUUGGUGACAAUCCAUACGUUCGAAUGACGAAAGCAAAUUACAGUAACGGGUGCAAAAUUUGCAGUCGGCCAUUUGUGGUUUUUAGGUGGAGGCCUGGCCGUGACGCGAGAUUUAAAAAAACUGAGAUUUGCCAAACUUGCAGUACACUGAAAAAUUCCUGUCAAGUUUGCAUUUUGGAUCUCCAGUAUGGGUUGCCUGUUCAGGUUAUAGAUACUGCACUAAGUAUCAAUUCCAGUGGUUUUAUUCCAAAGAGUGACGUAAACAGGGAGUACUUUGCUGAGGAGCAUGACCGAAGGGCCAGAGCAGGUCUGGAUUAUGAAUCUUCGUAUGGAAAGGUGUGCCCGAAUGAUACAAUUUUGAAACUUCAGCGCACAACACCGUAUUACAAGCGAAACCUACCCCCUGCUUGUAGUUUCAACAUGAGGGGUAAAUGCAAUAGAGGUGCUGCGUGCCCUUAUAGGCACGAGAUGCAUGUUGGCGGCGAAUUUCCACAGCAAAAUAUUAAAGAUCGUUUUUACGGGGUUAAUGAUCGGGUUGCAGUGAAGCUAUUGAAUAAGGCAGGUGAAAUGGCCUCAUUAGAAGGUCCAGAUGAUCAAAAAACUGGGACUCUGGAUGUGGGUGAAAAUGAAAGAAUGAAUGAGCAGCAAAGGGGAUAUUAUUCUUCUAUGGAUCCUCAAAGAAUGGGAGCAGUUAAUCCAUUCCAUAGCGGUUUAGGGAAGCAGCAUCAUCCAUAGUGGUUAGUGAUUAUUCCAUAGUGGUUCAUGUGAACUUGAUAUUUCAAUUCCAAGAAAUUAAUUGACUAGUCCCAGAUC